AUGGCCCAGGGGUCUCGCUCCGGUGGCUUUCUGCCUCCGCUCGCCACCGUGCCGCCGUUUUGGUCACAACCAGAAGGCGCUGUGGAAGAGCAGUGGGAGAGAAGGCAGGCGGGCGCUCUCGGCGGGGACUUUCGUGGCUGGCCGCGGCUGCCGGUUGCCGGGAGCAUUCCCUGCCUGAACCCACGGCCCGGCGGAGCUCGGGGAGCGCAGCCGUGGUGGGCUGCGCCGGCGCCAGCAGACGCAGGAGAGCACCGCGAGGCGGGCGCUGCAGACUGGUGGCAGGAGCCGGCAGCCGGCCGCCCCAUUCCUCCAGCGCUGCAGCGUCUCCGGGCCGUGUUGCUGCGGCUGCAUCGUGAGCGGGAGCAGCUCCUUCAAGCCCGGGACUGCGCCUGCCACCUACAGACGGUCGUGCGCCUCCUGAGGAUCCUGAGUCCCAGCGCGACGGCCCUUGGCUCCGGCCCCUUGCCUCAGCUGUGCCGCGACCUGCUGCUGCCUUCCCGUGGGGCUGUCCUGCGAAGCGGCCUACGGGAGACUCCGGAGCCGCUACUCCUGGCGCGUCCCGUUGGACUGGCCGCUCAGCGCCUGGAUGCUGCCAUCGAGAUGCAGCUUCGGGCUCUGGGUCGGGAGCCUGCCAGCCCGGGCUUGUCGUCCCAACUUGCUGACGUGCUCUUGGCACUUCCCGCCUACCACCAGCUGAUGGGAAAAGCCUUGAGCCAAAUUCCGGGGGCAGCGCGCCCUUUCCCACCCCUCCGUGUGCUCCACCUCCUGACGGGGGAGCGGGGUUGCCAGGUGGCUGGUCAGCUAGAUGAGGCUCUCAGGGGGUCGGGCUUGCGGGACCACCUCCGAAGUCGGUGCCAGGAGGAGCGGGAGCUGCUGCCCGGGCUGCUGGGGCUGCUGGGGGGUGUGAGUGAUUCAGCCAGCAGUGGACUGGGGCUUGGAGGGGCUGGAGCCCUGUGGAGCCAGUACUGGACCCUGCUAUGGGCAGCUUGUGCUCAGAGUCUGGACCUAAGUCUAGGACCCUGGAGGGACCACAGGGCAGCCGCACAACAACUGAGUCAGGCACUGGGUCAGGCAUCCCUGCCUCAGGAGUGUGAGAAGGAGCUGGCUUCUUUGUGUCGCAACCUAUUUCAUCAGUCCCUUAUCUGGAAUUGGGACCAAGGCUUCUGCCAGGCCUUGGGAUCUGCUGGUGAAGAUCAGAGCAGCCGUCCCUCAUCCUCUCAUACCACUGAACUUUUGCAACAGCUUUUCCCUCCUCUCUUGGAUGCCCUUCAACAACCCAGGUCAGGGCUGCUCCUCUGUCAGCCUCCAGGUGAGACAAAGUACUGGGGAUGGAGGAACAGAACAGUUGAAGAUCCUGCACCCCUUGCUUUAGGGCUCUGUACCCUGCAGACCACCUUGCUCUGGUUUUUGGGUAGAACUCAGCAGCAUCUGGCAGCAUGGGCCCCAGAUUCUUUCCUGCUUCUGAUCCAGAAGGACUUACCUCCUCUAUUGCAUGAGGCGGCAGCUCUGUCUAGACUGGCCUCAGAAGAAAGUUUGUCCCUGGAGGUGGAGCAGCAGCUGGGCCUGGAGAUCCAGAAGCUAACUGCACAGAUCCAGCUCCUGCCUGAAGAGUCAUUAAGUCUCUUUUUUCAAGAAUGUCAUAAACAAGCCACACAGGGCUUCGAACUCUACAUGCCACGGGGCCGGUACUGGCGGCAUCGUCUCUCUCCUGAACUGGCCAGCAUUCCCAGUGAGUAUGCUGGGUUGGUGGUUCGCACUGUACUGGAGCCUGUGCUGCAAGGAUUGCAGGGAUUGCCGCCCCAAGCCCAGGCCCCUGCCCUUGGCCAAGCACUGACAGCCAUCCUGGGUGCCUGGCUUGACCACAUCCUCAGGCACGGGAUCCGGUUCAGCCUGCAGGGGGCGCUGCAGCUCAGACAAGACUUUGGAGUGGUCUGGCAGUUGCUGGAGGAGGAGCAGUGGGGCCUGUCGCCAGAACUUCGACAGUCUCUGCUCACACUCAACAUCUUCCAGAGGCUGGAUGGGGCCCUGCUGUGUCUAUUCCAGCAGCCCCUGCCCAAGCCUGAAGUCCACAGGAGGCCUCCCUGUUGCUGUAUAUGCAAUGAGGUCCAGACCAUGGAAUUGCCCAGCAGCAGCCUCAACAGCUUGGAGAACUUGGAGCCCCCUCUUCGGCCUGGAGCACCCCCAGCCCAGACAGCUCAGCUGCUAAGCACACUAUGGGGAGGGGGACCUAGCCCAGAGGCUUACCUCGUGGGAAAUCAGCAGGCCUGGCUUGCCCUGAGGCAGCACCAGCGCCCCCGUUGGCACUUGCCUUUUCUUUCAUGCCUGGGGACCAGUCCCGAAUCCUAAGGA